GUCGCAGCUCAGCCUUUCACUGAUGACUGGCUUUGGGACACAGAGCUGGUUCUGCCAAUACCUUCAUAGAGUUCAUCAGAUUCGCUCCUCACACACCACGUGUGUUUUGUUUUUGUCUGGUUUCUGCUGAAAUGUCUUGCGCGUUCCCGACACGGAGGUUAUUAAUGGGAUUUCUCUCUCCGCUGCGUCACCUGAGGACAGCUGGACACUGAGACGUUGGGACUGAAUGGAUAACAUGUCUCCACAACAGCAGCAGGACAGCCUCACCCGGGGCGGGCAGCAGGAAAACAAACGGCGAAUGAAGUUUCAGAGUUACCGCCGUCAGUCCGCCCCGUCGCAGGUCAUCACCAAGGCUCUCACCAGGUCCAAAACCCUGACCAGAGAAAGUUUCCUGGUUCCUGCAUGUCCAGAAACCUGUCCGUUAGUCCAGUCCUUUCUGACCGGCUCUGAGCGGUUCUUCCUCCUCUACGGACACGCCCAGUUGAAGACAGGCAUGCAGACCCAGGACAGGCAUCUCUUCUUGUUCAGUGACGUUCUGGUGAUUGCCAAAGCCAAGUCAGCCAACAACUUCAAGCAGAAAGCCCAGGUGUGUGUGUGUGAGAUGUGGACGGCAGGCUGUAUGGAUGAGGUGUGUGAGGGAAGCACAAACCCGGAGCAGAGCUUCGUCAUGGGCUGGCCCACCUGGAACUGUGUCGCUAUGUUUAGCUCAGCUGACCAGAAGGAGAGGUGGCGCUCCCUCCUUAAGAGCAUCCAGCCUGUUUGUGUAUGUCUCUGCAGUCGGAUAAAGGAAGAGAAAGAGAAGGAAGAGCCUAAAACCAUCCCUCUGAGAGUGUACGGGAAGGGACUGAAUACUUUUGCUGUUACCAAGACCCUUCCUGUCAGCAACUGGGAUUCAGCCAAUGAAGUGAUCCGUCUGGCCCUGCAGCAGUUCGGCAUUAUCGGAAAUGUCAAAGACUUCCAGCUGUGGGUCAUCUCCAAGAGAGACAACACACCUUAUCCUCUCAUUGGUCACGAGUAUCCCUUCAGUAUCCAGAUGAGUCAUGUGAGAAACUCGGCGGUUCAUGGAGGAGGCCGGGACGUUGCAGCGCCACCUGCAGACAGACAGAUGGCCAUGCAGAUGCAGGUGUACAAGCAGUGUCAGUUUAUCCUAAAGCCUCGCCCUGUGGAACCACCUCAGCAGCACCUAUCAGCAGAUUUCUCCCAGAAGUCAUUCAAAAGGAGGCAUUCGCUCAUCACCUGGGCCUUCUGGAGAGGCUCCUCAUCUCACCUUAAUGAGAUGUCGCUGGCCGGAGCUGCUCGAGGCUGCUUGUUUGGUCAGCCGCUCAGCUCCAUCUGUGUGGAGGACGCCCUGCCCAAGCCUGUCAUGGACAUGCUCAUGUUUCUGUACCACGAGGGGUCGUGGACACGGGGGAUCUUCCGCAGGUCUGCGGGAGCUCGGGCUGUUAAAGAGCUAAGGGAAUCUCUGGAUGCUGGACAGUUUCAGCUUCCUCUCACCCGGGACCACGUCUUCAUCAUCGCUGGAGUCUUUAAGGACUUCCUGCGCAGAAUCCCUGGCAGUUUAUUGGGCUGUGACGUGUAUGAGGAAUGGUUGGAUGUGCUGGAGGAGGAAGAGGAGGAGGAAGAACAGGUCCAAGACAUAAAGAGGAUGAUUCGUCGAAUGUCAAAAGAGAACGCGCUGCUGCUCCGCUACCUGUUGGCCAUGCUGCACGCCGUCCAGGCCAACGCUCAGGAGAACCAGAUGACGAGUUUUAAUCUGUCAGUGUGCAUUGCUCCCAGUUUGCUGUGGUCUCCUGGAGCGCCCUGUAGUCCUGAGGUGGAGGGAGAAGGAACUAAAAAGGUUUGUGAGCUGGUGAAGUUCAUGAUUGAACACAGCGUGCAGAUCCUGGGUGAGGACUCCUCCUCCCUGUUCGGGGGGCCUCCACAGAGACGCAACAGUGAGGAGAGCGGAUCAGAGUCCUGGGUUUACCCUCUGACCGAUUCGUCCUACGACAGUUUGGAGAACGAGUUGGACGACAGCAGCGGGGGCUCACCAGGUUUCUGCAGCAGAAGACCCCUUCGACCCAAACCUCUGCAGAGCAGCCUGGACUCCAUCCUAACAUUCAGUGACUACGACCAAGACACUGAGCCAGAGGUGCCUCUCAGCAAGGCUGAAGCCCUGCUAGGUGUCAGGCUGCACUCAGCAGAGAGAUGCAAGAGGAAGGAUAUUCCAGCUGUGGAGAUCUCACCCUCCCUGGACUCUCUGUCCCGGGAAGCUCGGCAUUCCCAGAGGCGGAGCUCAGAGCCGGCUAUUGUGUAUGCUGCCAAGUUCUGCCCAUACAUGUCAGGCAGUACAGAUGGACUCAGUGGUGAGGAGGAAGAAGUACUCGCCAAAAGGCAGAGCAACUAUAAGUCCAGAGGUCGGACCAUGAGGAGUGGAGCUGCUUUGGGGACCACCUCAUCAAGUUUGUCAUCUACUCUCAGCUCUCCAGCGCACACCCGCUCCUCCUUGGACUCUCUGGACUCACUCAGCACAAACCCAACCAAACCAACACAUCCACCAUCCAGCUCUGCCCUCCCUACUCCGGCCCCGAGCAUUAUUUCCAAAGACCCUCUCCACAGGGGGGCGGUGAAAGGCUGCAUAGGUCUGCACCCAAACUCAUGGCUGAAGAAAGACCGGAGGCUGUCACUAACUCAGCUAGAGAGCUUGGAGAAGGAAGAAGACGACAGGACGCAGGGUGGAGCAGCUGAGAAAGGAUCAACAAAACUGAUCUCAAACAACCAACCUAAAGUCAAAACAUCCCGCAGAGGCUCAAAGGACACAGGAGAAAAAGGGAACAUCCGACACCCUAAACAAGAACCCUCCAGCCCUUCAUUGCUCCAAAGGGCAGCAGGGAGCCUCCGAUUUUCCAAACCCACCAGGCUCCAGUCCCCAGAAUCAGCUCUGACCGUCCAGAUCAGCGACAUGAACACCAACCCUGGAGGUGACAUCACCAUAAAGAGGUGCGAAGCGCCUGAAAUAAAGCAGCAGCCAUUAUUUUACAAGCACAGCGGGCCGUCUCUGUCCCUGUUCAGACGACAAAAGGCUCCCACGGUGGAGGACAGGAACAGCCGGCUGUACCAGCGACGAGGUUCUGAACCAGAGCGACAGGUUGCUGAUCGAGCCUCCACCUUCACACGGGUGAGGCUGCCCAGCGACCCGGGACUGAAGCUGUCCGAUGCGGAUCAGCAUGGUCGUUUCUGCCUCUCCCCCUGCGCCACAAAAGCAGUGAGGGACUAUUUCUCUUCCCACCCUCGCAGCAAUCCUCAGAGCACCCAGCAGGUGGCGCUCACCCUGGUGGAGGGUCAAAGGGGGGAGUGGUUAAAGAGAUGCAGUGAUCCCACAGUGGAGCCAGAUUUAGAGCAGCUUCUGUUUGCUGAAGAGUCCUAUGUCUGAUUGUAGGGAAAUAAGAGCAGAGAUACACAACUCAGCAUCUACCCACACUGUUGCUAUCGUCACUCUAUGCCCUUUAACUCGCUUCAUCUAAAUAAAGAAAAUAUUUCUUUAGAAUCAUUCAAAUAAAUUUCCAACACUUAUCUGCUACUGUAGCACAAGGAAGACAAGGAAAGUUUCACUUGCAGGUUGCUUAGUGCCUUUAAGGAAAAGAGGUUCAUUUUUAUCUCUCUGUAAGAUUGUAGUACGCAGAUAAUAGUAGACAGUUUUCUAUUAGUUGUUGACAUAUUGGUGUCGUGACAAAAAAACCGCCAACUUUAAAAGUACCUGGUGUUGCCUUCUUUUACUAUUAAUGGUUGUCAUUGGACUGUAUGGUGGCGCUGUAAACUAGACUCAUGAGCAGGCAAAUAUUCAGACAUCUUUAACUUUGCAUAUUUUGUCAGAUUAUAACCACAAAGUAGCAUCUAAUUGUGAAGUGGAAAGGAGCUGGAUUUUAUUUAGGGUAUCAUAUUUAAAGAGGCUAAUACAGAUGUAUGCCACAGUUCUCAGAUUUGUUGGUGAAAAACCUUACCUCUACUUUAAAGUACUACUUCUUGUUGCUCCAUCAUAUAAAAUGUAUUAGAAAUAUUUACCUUCUUCAGCUUUUUGAUGUUAAGACUUUACAGGACAGUGUGUGCUGUAUGGUGACAGUACAGACAGAGCAUCUGUGGGCAACACAUAGGAAAUCCUUCAAAGUUUACAUAAACUGUUAAUAGUGUAAAAAAGCUGCUCUGCAUAGAAAUGUAUCCUGAUCUAGCUUGUUGCUCAUGAUAUCCUUCCUGUUAGCCACUCAAGUUAUUUUUACAUUUAAAGGAGCAACACGUUGCUUUAGAGUUAAUCGUUUUCAUCUGGGCCUGAUCCACUUUUAAUCGCUUGCGUUCUAUGUUAGGCAGAUUCAAGUUCUUAAAAGAAAUCCCUGGUUUUUAACUUCCUUAAACUGUAAAAAUGAAAUUGGCACUGAGUUCAAAUGUUAAAUUAGCUAAUAUAAGUUUUAAAAUGAUGAGUCUGAUUCAGAAACCAUUUGUUAGAAAGAUGAUUUUUUUUUAUUUCUCUUUUUAUACACCGGUGUGUCCUAGGACUUAAUUAUUAUUAAGGCAAUACAUUGUUUACAUUAUUUGAAGACUGCAAGUUGACAUGACUAACUUUGGUCACAUUAGCAAUGAUGACAUAGAGCAUUUCUUAGACCUAAUGUUAAAAUUAGGAGACCAGAUUAUGACAUUUAACUCAUCUAGACAGCAGUUUAUAACUCAAAUAUGUUUGAUUUUAUACUAGAGACAUGUUUCUGUAAAAAACGCUGGAUACAGUUCGCUUUUUACUCUAGAAAAAUGGUUUUAUUAAACAAAAACAA